CUUAUUCUCAUUGAGUGGUGCUGAUCUUUCGGAAGAAGAAGAGAAGCAGGAAGCCUUGAGUUGAGACGAUGAAGGCUGUCCUGGUUGUACACGGAGGGGCCUGGGCGAUACCAGACGAGCUGGCAGACGCCUCCGUGAAAGGGGUCAAGGCGGCGGCCAGUGAGGGCUACAGGGUGCUGGGGACCGGGGGAAGCGCGCUGGACGCGGUGGAGAAGGCUGUGAGGGCCAUGGAGGACAACCCCGUGUUCGACGCAGGACAUGGCGCAGUGCUGAACGCCGACGGCGAGGUGGAGCUCGACGCCAUCAUCAUGGACGGACAGACUCUCGGGAGUGGAGCGGUGUCUUGUGUUCAGAACAUCGCCAAUCCUGUUUCCCUCGCACGGGCCGUCAUGGAGAAGACCGACCACGUUAUGCUAACCAGCAGAGGGGCCAACCUGUUUGCCGAGCGCAUCGGCUUUAAGACCGCUCCCACCGAAACGCUGGUGACCGCCUACGAGAGGAGAGAGUGGGAGAAAGCGAAGGAGUAUGGUGCUGGAGUGAAGGAGCUGUUCCAUUCUCAAUUGUGUCAUGAUACGGUCGGGGCUGUUGCCGUGGACUCUUGCGGUAAUGUGGCCUGUGCCACUUCGACAGGAGGGAUACGAAACAAAAUGGUGGGCCGAGUGGGAGACUCUCCAGUCAUCGGCGCUGGGGGAUACGCGGACAACCGUAGCGGAGCAGUGUCUUGCACCGGUCACGGAGAGUCCAUCCUUAAAGUCACUUUGGCUCGCCUCAUCAUUUUCCACAUUGAGCAAGGUAAAGAAGUGGAGGACGCGGUGGAGCUCUCCCUGCGCUACAUGGACGAGCGUGUCCACGGUGGGGGCGGGGCCAUCGCGGUCUCUCCCUCGGGGCAGUGGGCGGCCACCUUCACCACCGAGAGGAUGGCCUGGGCGGCCGCGGAGCAAGGCACUCUGUGGUACGGGUUGAAUCCCCAGGAAAGGUUUCAAGACAAGCCGGUGCAAUGAAGGAAAUGUGACAAAGUGUACAAUAGGUUUAGCUCAGGAGGCAGAGCAGUUGUCUUGUAACAGAAAGGUUGCUAGUUUGAUCCCCAGCUCCUCUUAGCUGAGUGUUGAUGUGUCCCUGAGCAAGACACUUAACCCUGACUGCUCCUGACGAGCUGGCUGUCGCCUUGCAUGGUUGACUCUGCCGUCGGUGUGUCAAUGCGUGUAUUAACCGAUGUAAGUCGCUUUGGAUAAAAGCGUCUGCUAUAUGCCCUAUAUGUGAAUGUAACAGGGAUUUAUAUUGCACAUGAGGAAUACGGGAAGUAUAGGUUAAGGCUGCAUCUUCAUAAUAUUACGAAAGUAUACUAUUAGAGAACUACUAGUACUAACUAAUAAUAACUUUUAGUCAAUCUAUGUAAUAACAAAUUUAACAACUUUCUCCUACAGGGGAUUAAUAAAGUUGUAUCUAAUCUAAACACCCAAAGCCAAUCUAAUGUAUGCCUUUGUCUUAUGAAUCCACAAAAAUCAGUCAAUUUUUCAUCAACACCCUUUGUUUAAAUCAGCAGAAUACUUACUUUUUUUUAUUAGAUUAUAUAUUUGUAGUUUUGGGGUAGGAUUUUACUGUAUUUGAAUAUUUUGAAUGUUUUUAACAAGGUCUAUUAUGUACUUCUUUAGUUAUUUCAAGAUACAAUAAAA